ACAGUCAGCUAGGUUCCCGCAUUACUAUGAACAUAAUACCAACUAUUUACAUAGCAUAUUUGCUUUUACACGAAGUUCAGUUACUAGUUGAAUUUUUUGGAGAAAUGGAAGAAUUCCACAACAUAGUGAAAGUGACAUUAAAUUGUUAUUUUUCAACUGGGUCCCAUGAUUGUUCCGCAGAAUUUCUCUACAACAAAGAAACAAUUGACAAUCUAAGAGCAAGCAACGACAAAUGUUAUCAUAAAAAUAAGUUAUGUAAAUUCGAUACAUGUGCCUGUUCCAAUGAGUGUAAACAGUAUACUUUGAUAUUGACGAACACGUACUUUACAGACGGUGACAUAUUUGGCUGUGAAGUUCAUUAUAAUGAUGCAGGUUAUAUACAUAGAUUGACAACAGAAAUACUAUUUAAUGGAAGUGAUUUUCUUUAUCAUAAUACGCUUUCUAAUAUUGUUGCUCGACCAGAUAAAGAUUCAAGUUCAACAAAACCACCAAAAACAAGAAAACCGAUAACAAGAGACGAAAUAUUCAUUGUUUUGCUAAGUGUACUUGUAACAAUUAUAGUUUGUGGAUUACCAAUAACAUUUAUAGCAAUAAGAAGGCGAAACAAAGAUGAUGCUCACAAUGAUCUAAUUAUGGAGCAUUCAAUGACAGAUGCAUUAUUUGUACUCAAAUACUAUCUAAAUAAAGGUUAA